AUGGUGCCUGUCGUUGUGACAGAUGACCCCAAAUAUGUAAAGGAAUUCUUAUUGAAGCAAGAUCACUUAUUUGCUUCUCGACCAAAGAAUAUUGCUUCAGAGCACUUCACAUUUGGGGGCAAUGACAUUGCUUUUGCUCCAUACGGUCCACAUUGGAAGGAAGUGAGAAGAAUUUGCUUAAUGGAGCUUUUGAGUCCAAAGAAGAUAGAGUCUUUUAGACAAGGAAGAGUUGAAGAAGUCCAAUGCAUGGUUAAUGAUGUAUAUAGGGCAUCCUUGGAAGGUAAAAGUAUUAACAUGAGAAACCUUUUUGGGAUUCUCACAAGCAAUGUUAUUACUAGGAUGGUAUUGGGACAAAGGUUUUUUGGCCUAAAAGGUGCAAGUCCCGAGGUAGCUGUCGAACACAAGGCAAAAAUUUAUGAUUCCUUCUCCCUUAUUAAUGCAUUCAAUAUUGGUGAUUAUCUUCCAUUCUUAAGGCCUUUAGAUCUACAAGGACAUGAAAGAAAAAUGAAAGACAUAAUGAAGUGGGUUGAAAAAUUAUAUGGUUCAAUAAUACAAGAGCAAUUCCUUGAACUUGAGAAAAGAAGUGGAGUAGGGCCCUUAAAUUUUGUUCACACAUUACUAGAAGCCAAAAGUCGGGCCAAGACUUUAAACAUGAUGAAGGUAAAAGCCAUUCUCAUUGAUAUAUUUGCUGCAGGAACAGACACUUCUUCCAUUACUAGUGAAUGGGCAAUGGCUGAGCUCUUAAGGCACCCUGAAUAUAUGACCAAAGUUCGUGAAGAAAUUGAUGUAGUUGUUGGGCAUGGGCAUCAUGUAGAAGAGUCUGAUUUGGUGCAUUUGAGAUAUUUGAGGGCUGUUGUUAAAGAAGUAUUUAGGCUUCAUCCUGUGGGUGGAUUUCUUAUUCCUCACAUAUCCAUGAAAGACACAAAAAUAAAAGGAUUUGACAUACCCAAGAACACCAAGGUCCUUAUUAACACUUAUUCAUUAGGAAGAAACCCAAAAGUUUGGUCAAAUCCUAAUGAUUUUGAUCCCAAAAGGUUCAUUACAAAUGACAAGGAUUGUGUGGAAUUCAAUGAUCCUGAUUGUAAAAUUGUUCCAUUUGGGGCAGGAAGGAGAGGUUGUCCAGGAGCAACUCUAGGAAUGAAAGUGGUUCUACUAUGUUUGGCUCGUUUGAUCCAUCUUUUCAAUUGGUCUCCUCUUUAUAAAGAAAAACUAGAGGAUUCUGACAUGGUGGAAGUUUUAGGGUAUACGAUAAAAAGUGUACCCCUUGAGGCCAAUGCAAAACCUAGAUUAGGAUCAUUACUACUCUAAUAAAGACACACAAACACAUUUCAACAUUCAAAUUCUUGUGAUAUUAUUUAAUAUAUGUCAUAGAAGUGUUUAAGACCUGUUAUUAGGAAAAUAGUAUUAUGUACGCAAGGAUGUGUAAUUAUAAUGUAUGCAGGUUGAUAGAGAUGCCAACAUGUGGCACAUAUCCAUUAAGUUAGUUGU